AUGUCAGCGAAUGAGAAAUCACCCCAGAGAUUUCUUGCCUUGAUUUCAGAAGAACCCAGCAGAUCAGUUGAGUAAGAAGGAUCUGUGUCAUUUGAGGAUGUGGCUGUGGAUUUCACCCAACAAGAGUGGCACAGACUGGACUCUACCCAGAGGAACAUGCACACAGAUGUGAUGCUGGAGACCUACAGUCACUUGGCAUCUGUGGGCCUCUGUGUGGCCAAACCAGACAUGAUCUUUAAGUUGGAGAGGGGAGAAGAACUGUGGAUAUUAGAAGAGGAAUCUUCAGGCCGUGAUUACUCAGGACCUCUGUCUUUGCUAUGUGGCAACAGUUCAAUUGGGGGUAAUGCCCUUGUGCUGGAGAACAACAUUUUUCAGUAUCAGAGUAUUCAAACUUUGAAUCAAAAUGUUGAUUAUAACAGAUGUGAGGAAGACUUCCAUGAAGAAACAGGUUUUGUUCAACAUAAAAGGAUUCAUACCAGAGAUAAAAACUUUGAAUGUCAUGAAUGUGGAAAAGUAUACUGCAGAAAAUCUAACCUUGUUGAACAUCUGAGAACACAUACAGGGGAGAGGCCCUAUGAGUGUGGUGAAUGUACAAAGACUUUCAGUGCAAGGUCAUACCUCAUUGCUCAUCAGAAAACUCACAUGGGAGGAAAGCCCUUUGAAUGUCAUGAAUGUAGAAAAUAUUUUGGCAGGAACUCAUAACUCAUUCUACAUUGCAGAACACACACAGGAGAAAGGCCCUAUGAAUGUACUGAACGUGGGAAAACCUUUUCUGAGAAGGCAACCCUCACAAUCCACCAGAGAACCCACACUGGUGAGAGGCCUUAUAAAUGCAAUGAAUGUGGUAAGACAUUUCAUGUCAAGAUAUCUCUCACCCAGCACCUGAGAACUCACACGGGGGAGAAACCCUAUGAAUGUGGGGACUGUGGGAAAAACUUCUGAGCAAAGAAAUCCCUAAACCAACAUCAAAGAAUUCACACAGGUGAGAAACCCUAUGAGUGUGGAGAAUAUGGGAAAUUGUUCCGAAUGAAAAUGACUCUAAAUAAUCAUCAAAGAACCCACACAGGUGAAAAACCCUAUCAUUGUAAUGAAUGUGGGAAAGCCUUCAGGGUACACUCAUCUCUGGGAAUCCAUCAGAGAAUCCAUACCGGAGAGAAGCCCUAUGAAUGUAAUGAAUGUGGAAAUGCUUUCUAUGUGAAAGCUCGUCUCAUUGAGCAUCAGCAUAUUCAUUCAGGAGAGAAACCCUAUGAAUGUAGUGACUGUGGGAAGAUCUUUAGCAUGAAGAAAUCCCUUCGUCAACACAAGAGGACUCACACUGGUGAGAAGCCUUAUGAAUGUAGUGAGUGUGGAAAUGCUUUUUAUGUGAAAGUGCGCCUCAUUGAGCAUGAGAGAAUUCACACAGGAGAGAGGCCUUUUGAAUGUCAGGAAUGUGGAAAGGGCUUCUGUCGGAAAGCCCACCUCAUAGAACACCAGAGAACUCAUUUGGGCCGAUCCUUGCUUUGUGCACUGGAGAAAGCUUCUCCUUGA